UGUGACAUUAGCUGAGCAGCUUUUUGAUCUGUGAGAUGGUGGAGGUUUCAAAGGGACUUGUCAGUAUCUCUCUGUUGAAUGGUUGGACUCAUUUUGCAUCCCCAUUUUGUGCAAAGAAGCAAGAGUCACCGUGCUGAGACUUUUCUCUUUUAAAACAACCGGCUGUCCUCCCAUUGCUAGAUUGACCAGUGGUCGGACAUCCAUAGGAUUUCUCCCCGGAGCAAAAAGGCUUUGUUUUAAAGGCAAGUGAGACUGCUUCAAAUAAAACAACGCCAAGCUUCCAAGAAACAGUGAAGAGAAGGCAGAGACGGGCAGAAACACCCCUUCACUAACACUCACACGGUUGCCAUGGACCUACAUAAGCAGUGGGAGAACACAGAGACUAACUGGCGCAAGGAAAAGAUGGAAUUACUGGACCAGUUUGACAAUGAAAGAAAGGAAUGGGAAAGUCAAUGGAAGAUCAUGCAGAAGAAGAUAGAAGAGCUCUGCCAUGAAGUAAAGCUUCGGAGGAAAAUCAACAUGAGUGAACGUGCGAUUAUUGAUCUUGAUCGUGAAAAGGCCAUUCAAGACAAAAUGAUGGAAUCUUCUCCAAAUUAUCCCAAUUCAAGACAAUGUGAAUUUACAGGGAUGAAUCACAGGGAUGGUCUGGGGAAGAAAGGUAAAACAGAGCAGAGCUUACUCAGUGAAAGAAAUCAAAUGUGUAAGGAACAAAAAACAAUCAAAAAAUCAAAAGUAGGGUUAAUGGAUUCUGUGGCCGCAGACAACCAAAAGGAAUGUGAGACCCCGCCUGACCUGAGGACUUCUGAGGAAGAGAACAAGAGGUGCUCUGGUGCCCUCAACACAGCUCUUGAAGAACUUGCCAAAGUUAGUGAAGAAUUAUGCAGCUUUCAAGAGGAAAUUCGAAAGCGUUCUAACCACAGAAGGAUGAAGUCAGAUUCUUUUCUCCAGGAAACACCAGUUGUAACUAAUAUGCCUUAUGGAGAUCACACAAUCAACAACAACCAGUGCAUUACUCCAACCAGUUUAGAAAAAGAGAAAAAGAAAAAUAGAAAGAAUCUGAGCUGUACUGAUGUUUUCCAAAACAAUUCUAAGAAAAAAGGUGGAAUUGAUAAAACUGAUCUGCAAAGAAAUGAAACCCCACCAGUUCCUCCUCCAAGAAGUACAUCUCGAAAUUUUCCCAGCUCAUGUUCUGCACAAGCCCAUGAAAGUUUGAAGGAAAGUUCAGACCACAAUGGCUGGGUGGCCCAAGAAGGUCAAGGCAAAAAGAACUGCAACCCUCAUUUCCUGUGGAGGCACGACGAGAUGCCUACGCUGUGUCUAAAUGAAAGGAAGACUUUGAAAGAUGGUAUCACAGUUUCUUCUUUGGCACCAGAAACCAAAAUAGAUAAAAAGCCUUCAUGUAAUGAAAAUGUUGGACUUACCGUGUGGUCAUGCGACACUGGGAUUGGUGCAAAAAAUAGCCCCUCUACACCAUGGUUUCAGAAAACCUGCUCUAUUCCCAAUAAGCCAAAAUAUGAAAAGGUGAUUCCAGAUCACCCUGCUAAAUGUCAUCCUGAUCUUCACAUAAGCAAUGUCUGUAGCUCCUUGGUGACACAGAGCAGCAGCCCGCUGAGAAGUUUCAGUUGUGGCUUUGAAAGGACUACUAGGAAUGAAAAGCUGGCAGCAAAGACUGAUGAAUUUAACAGAAUCGUAUUUAGAACAAAUAGAAAUUGUCAUGCAGUACAGCAAAGUCAAAGCUACUCAGAACCAUCUGAAGAUCUUCAGCCCUGUGAUACUUUAAUUUCUUGCACAGAUAACAUCUCAGAAAGUGACUGUGUUUCUGACAUUCUGAAAACCAGUGCCCCCAUGCCUGUGCCCAGGGAAAAUGUGCAUGAUAAUUCCACCAAAAAACCCACAACAGGCCUAUUCAGACAAAUGCAGGAACACAUAAGCCCUAGCAGUUACCGGAAUAUGCUCCACGAGCAUGAUUGGAGACCAAGUAAUUUGUCUGGCCGACCAAGGUCAGCUGAUCCCAGGUCAAAUUAUGGUGUGGUGGAAAAGCUGCUGAAAACCUAUGAGACAUCAGCGGGGUCCACAUUGCAAAAUUCUAAAUGCUUCCAGGCUAAUUGGACCAAAUGUAAUUCUGAGGUCAGUGGUGGAGCCACAUUAAGUCAGCAUUUUAAAAAGCUCCAAAUAGAACAAGAGCUUCAGCAAAAGCCAGCUGUGUGUGGAGCACAGCAAGUGAGGCAAGGAGCAGAUCGGAAAAAGGUAACUGAGGAGUCCGUGGCAGUGAAAUGCUCACAUGGAAAAGGAUUUUCCCGACCUGCUAGACCAGCAAAUCGCCGUCUCCCGUCCAGGUGGGCAUCCAGAUCUCCAUCGGCACCCCCUGCCUUGCGGAAAACUGUCCACAACUUUCCCAUUUCUCUGCGAUCAGAAGCAUCGAUGGUCUGAGUCUCUGGCCUGGAUUGCUGGAUUACAAAAGUCCCAGUUGCCAAACAGAGUAUUCUGAGUGUUUACAACCAAUUCUGUCUCUUCUGUAUUUUUCAAGAUUACUGGGACAAUUGAAAUCUUAACUUCCCAUCAGUCUUCAGUGUUUUUAAUCUAUGGAACAAUUAUCCUCCUGUAUUUUGAUUUUUUAGAUCAGAAUUUUUUAAUGCCAUCCUCAUUAAUUUGCCAAUAUGAUUUAAGUUGAAACAAUGUACUAUAUUGUAUAUUCCAACUUUCUUGCAAGUGGCAGAAAGCAAGGUUAUUUGCAUGGCCGUGUGUUUUGUAGGUGCAUGUGUUGAUAUAGGAAGUAUCAGUAUGUAUUUAGAUAAGAAAAACUUAUGUGCUAGUGUUGACUUUGAAAUUAUAACAUGUAUACCUAUAUAUUCUUUGUGUUUAUUUAAAAUUUUUAAGAAUAUACAGUAUUAUUUA